AUGACCAUUCGUGACACACUUCAGCGUUUUGCUGCACAAAUAUUGUCGCUUUGCGAAUGCACCAGUGAGGGAAGCAGUAAAAUCGACUCACUGCUCAAAUGUGAUUCUGUGGAUGACAUGUCCGCCUGCAUAGUGAAUAAGUAUCAAAGGCAGAAGUUUGCAAAAGAGAACCUUCCUUAUGUUCAGCCACAAGAGCAUACUUCGGACAGUUCCGAUACGUUCCAGUACGUACCUGGCAUAAAAGUGCUGCAAAAUAUGCUCCUCUCCGACAUUUUCCGUGAUAGCUCGCUUUUUGACCGAAGGACAGCAGACCUGGUAAAGGAAGGGUCACAGUUUACACGGUUUUUAAUGCUCUACAGUUACGAACUGGAGAUAGCUAAUCCGCUCGGCUCGAAGCGUGGGUUCAACAAACUUUUUGUUGUUUACUUCAGUGUUGUGAACAUACAUGCAAGAUACCGGUCACAACUGAGUUCCAUUCACGUGGCAAUAAUAGCGAAAUACACAGCUGUGCAAAAGCAUGGUUCGCCGGCAGUCAUGGAGCCAGUUUUGAAGGACAUCAAUCUUCUAAGUGGGGUUGGAUUCACUGUUAACCACUGCAGCACCCACGUUAAAGUUACAGCAGUCCUUCUUGCCUUUUGUGGUGACAAUCUGUCCAUGAAUAAGCUGGGAGGUUUCAGCUGCAAUUUCAGCAAGGGACGUCCAUGUCGCUUUUGUGUAAGAGCUUCUGAAGAUCUGGAAAGCAGCCUUUGUGAGAUUGACACUGAAGUGUGGACAGAAAACGUACACCGACAUCACCUCCAUAAUGUUUUGGAAGGGGGAUCACAACAAAGUAGAAUUUAUGGCGUGAAGGCAACGUCACCACUCCUUGACAUUACAUACUUCGAUGUUAGUCUACAGCUUCCUUCGGACCUCAUGCACGACCUCAUUGAGGGUGUCGUUCCACAUGUACUUCAGCAAGUGCUGAAUGGUUUAAUCACUCACAGCGUGUUGACCUACUCGGACUUGGACAGGGUGGCCGCCUUCAACUAUGGCUUCCAUGACAGAAAGAAUAAACCCGAACCGCUAGCAAGGGCAUUCGUUCAGGGCCACGCAUCAUGUAAGGGAACGGCAUCACAGAUGGGGCGCUUGUUCUACUUGUUCUCCAUUAUCUUCGGAGAUAUUCUUCCGAAGGACAAUCAAGAUUGGGAGAUUUAUCUCAAGCUGCGAGACGUUGUUGGCUUAGGUUUUGCAGAUGAACUUCCCCGUGACCACAUAGCAUACCUUCAAGACAGCAUCACAUUUUUCUUGACUGCAUUUACUGAGAGAUACCCAGCUAAAAUGAUCCCGAAACUCCUUUUUUUUCCACUACCCGAUAAUGAUCAAUGA